AUGAUUGAUAUGAUAGGAAAAAUUUGCAAAAAGAGUUUACAUUAUCGUCAUGGGUACAUUGAGUUAAUGAAGAGAAUAAUUGAAGGAUAUCAAUGUACAGACAUUUUUAAUAUCUCAUUUCUUUCACAAUAUGAUGAUAUUAAAAUAAAUACGCCUGAAUAUGCAAUAAUGAAUGAUAACGAAGAUGAAUUAUUGUAUCACUUGAAAAGUAAGAGACUUGACCUCACUAAAAUCCUUGAAAAAUGUUGUUUAAGAGGAGCAGUUAAUUGUUUCAAGUUAUUGCAAAAAGAAUUUCACGUAAAAAUCACCAAAAAAUGUCUUGAUGCUUCACUUAAAGGGAACAAUCAACACAUCAUUAAUGAAUGUUUGAAAGAAAAUGAGCCUGAUCAAUAUACAGUGGAAGCUGUGAUUGCAUCUCAUAACUUCGCUAAUUUUUAUAAACUGAUAACAGAAUACGAUGUAAGAAUCAGAGCGAAAAACUGCGCAGAAUACAAAAAUCUUCAUGCAUUUAUUUAUAUUUUAAUUGAAGAUAAUUUCAACCUUGAUUUUCUGAUAGCUCCAAGUUUUCAUAUACCAUCUCUUUGUGAAUAUUUCAUGCAGUAUGUUACAGAUAUUGAUUAUGCGGAUGAAAAAGGCGUAACAGCUCUUAUAUAUUCAUGUUUUCAUUAUUCUACAGAUGUUGCUGAAUUUCUGAUUUCACGUGGUGCAAAUAUCAACAAGAAAGAUAGUACAGGUCAUACCCCCAUUCAUUUUGCAAUAAUUAGUUAUUGGGAUGAUCAUGAUGAUUUAUCAUUGUAUAAUAGCAAAGUCAAAGAUUUGGUAGAACUUCUUCUUUCAAAUGGUGCAAACGUUAAUGCAAAGGAUAAAGAUGGACAUACGCCACUUCAUUUGGCAUCAUUGUUUGGAACAAAAGAAAUUGCUGAAAUAUUAGUUUCUCAUGGUGCCAAAAUCAAUGUUUUAGAUGCAACAAGAGCGACUCCUCUUGAUCUCACUAUUCAACGAGAAAAAUACAAAUAUAAAAUAAAUAGCAAACCAGAAACGGAAUACCAAGAAGCAAAGAAAAUACAGGCUCUCUUGAAAUUGCAUGGAGGAAUAACCAAACAUAUGAAUAAAUAA